CUCAUCUUCCCACAACUCCUGAAACAGUUUACAUCUGCAAAAAGUUUCCUCUAGCUACAAAAAUCAAGAAACAUUCAAGCAUGGCGGUUAGUAUGGCAAAAAUUCUGCGCGCAACUAAGCCAAGCCUGAGGAGGUCUUCUUCAAGAACAAACAGAGAAAGGGAAGUCCCUAAGGGUCACUUUGCAGUUUAUGUUGGCGAGGGAGAAAAGAAGCGUUUUGUUCUUCCGAUAUCAUACUUGAAGGACUCAUCAUUCCAAGAUUUGCUUAGCCAAGCUGAGGAGGAAUUCGAGUUUGAUCAUCCUAUGGGAGGACUCACAAUACCUUGUCCAGAGGCUACAUUCCUUGAAACCAUUCAAGCUAGCUUAAUUUGAUCUAUUGAGAAUGUGGAUACAUAGCUUAGUGUAGUCGUUAGGGAACAGAUCAUCUGGGAAGGAAUACUUUCCAGAGUACACAGCUCUUUUUUCACAGAUUUUUGUCUGUUUUUUGGCUGUUAAAAUUAAUAUCGGAUAUGAUUCCUGCAUAAUAAAAUAAACUUCACAAUUUAA